GCUAUUACGUCAUUUAGGCGCAACCCUUAUUUUUGGCGUGGAGUUUGUGGGCCUCUCCUUUGAACCAUGCCUAAAGUUGUGUCCCGAUCGGUCGUGUGCUCUGACACCCGGGAUCGGGAGGAGUAUGACGACGGCGAGAAGCCCCUCCACGUCUACUACUGUUUGUGCGGCCAGAUGGUCCUGGUGCUGGACUGUCAGUUGGAGAAAUUGCCCAUGAGGCCCCGGGAUCGGUCCCGGGUGAUUGAUGCUGCUAAACACGCUCACAAGUUUUGUAACACAGAAGAUGAGGAAACUAUGUAUCUUCGCAGACCUGAAGGCAUUGAACGACAGUACAGGAAGAAAUGUGCAAAGUGUGGACUUCCACUCUUCUACCAGUCCCAGCCGAAGAAUGCUCCUGUGACCUUCAUUGUGGAUGGAGCGGUAGUCAAGUUUGGCCAGGGUUUUGGGAAAACGAAUAUAUAUACUCAGAAGCAAGAGCCUCCUAAAAAGGUGAUGAUGACCAAACGGACUAAAGACAUGGGCAAGUUUAGCUCUGUCACUGUGUCUACUAUCGAUGAAGAGGAGGAGGAGAUUGAGGCUAGGGAAGUUGCUGACUCGUAUGCGCAAAAUGCCAAAGUGAUUGAAAAACAGCUGGAGCGCAAAGGCAUGAGCAAAAGGCGGCUGCAAGAGCUGGCUGAGUUGGAAGCCAAGAAAGCGAAAAUGAAGGGGACCUUGAUUGACAACCAGUUCAAAUGAUCAGGACCAUUCUCUGAACCCAGGCGAAGGCAAGCAUUUAGACCAGGAGGCAAAAGAACUUUUUCUUGACUGCAUGGACUGGCUCCUACCUUUAUGCUCCGACAUGAGGUUUUAUGUUACCUCCUACAUUCAGUGAGGUCUUUGAGUCCAUCUAAUCUGCUUUCUAGAGAUGGAUUUUUCUAAAUCUUUCUGAAUAUGGGUCUUCUAUACUAUUUUUGUCCACUUGAUAUAAACUUCUUCAGCUAUGUAGAAACACUAUGAAUAGAUCAGUGCUGGAAUAUCUCUAGCUUCUAAAGUAGCUGUUUUUAUUCCUUCUUCAAAGUUAGUACAAUGUGUAAAGAUUUUUGAAAAAAAAUAUUGUGAUGCAUCGUAGAAAAAGGUAGCAUGGAUUAUAUUUAAAGUUACAGCAGGUUAGAUGCUUUUAAGUAACUGUCUUUCUUCUUAGACUGGCAGGUAUCGGCUAUGUUUUGACUCUCUAUUGUCAGAGAAAAAUCCAUAAAAAGGCAGAAUCUGCAUAAAGCCUCCUUUGCUUCAGAUAUGAGAGCUAUAGGUGAGCCAUCCUUUAUCAGACUUUGCACUUAAAGUAGAAAAGAUGGAUUGAAGUAAGGGGAUAGGAUAGCUGAGAUGUGAAUGAAAAUGGAGCCUCAGUGAGCAACAUAAAACAGCUACCAUCCUGUCAAGCAGCUAAGAAUACUGCUUCCAUGUGUAUGUGCAUGGAAGAAAGAUAUUAUAGAGUAAGAAAUGAUGCUGAGAUAUAUAAAAGCAUCUGUUGAGUAUCUUUUAUUUCACGUUUGCUAUUUGUGGAAGAGUCUUUUAUAUAAGUAUUUAAUGUCAUGCCGCUUCAGUGAUAGCCAUAUGUAGUGUUUGAAUUCAUGUUUAAUCUGUUCACCUAUAUUACAAGGUAUUGGGGCAGGAAGAGUGUUUUAACCUCCUUAUAUUAUCUAUAGUGGAUUGCACUUAGUAGGUGCCCAAGAUAUGUAUGUGAGAUGCUGUUGGUAAAUCCUAGGGCAUUUUUCUUUACUUUUUUUCUGAUUUUCUUAUUUGGAAGGAAGAGUAGGUUAGAGUGGGAGUAGAUGUGAACUAGCAAGAACUGGGAGAAAGGGGUGGAGGUCCUGGGAAAGCCCAGAGUGGUACCAUCCAUCUUCCCAGUCAUUCACCUGCAUUCAGUGAGGUCUUUGCAACUGAGUCUUAUUCUCCACCUCAUUUUCUGUUAGGCAUCAUGUGGAUAAACAACCAUAACCACCACACAAUUCCUUGACCUCAACUCCAAACAAUGACCUUUACCUUUACCUUCAUGCCACUUUAGCUACAAACUGCCUUGUCCAAGGCUGGUUGUCAUCUACACCACCUCUGAAAUCCAAUAUUCCGUUCUCUGCCCACAGCCUCUUAUUAUUGCUACUCUCAUACUCUCACUUCCACUAAACCUGUUUGGUUUUGUUUUUA